ACAAACAAUUGCACAAGAAUCAGUCAUUCAGUGUUUCACGGUCUGUCCACUUUAAAGUGAUUCAGCAACUAAAGCUGGAAUGCAAACCAUUAUACUGCUUGGGGUGUUGGUACUGGGAGCAUCAGUGGUGUUGCCAGACCCAGACACAGCUGGAGAGAAGGUAGCUCAGGAUCCAGUUCCCUGUGCAAAAGGCUGUAGCUGUAUGCAUGAUGACUACAGCUUGGAGCUCAACGUCUACUGCAGCGCUCGAAACUUGACUCAAGUACCAGCUGACAUACCACUGUCCACUCAUUGUCUCUGGCUAGAUGGAAACUUGUUUACUUCCCUCCCAGCGGCGUCUUUUAGGGAUCUAAUAAAUCUGGACUUUUUGAAUCUACAGAGUGGCCAGCUGUUGACCCUUGACCCUCAGGCUUUCAGAGGCCUCAGAUCCAUAGCCCACAUGCACCUUGAGAGAAACCGCAUCCGUGCGUUACCAGGUCCAAUCUUCCAGAACACACCUAACCUUGCUACACUUAGUCUGCAUAAUAAUCAGAUCAGCCGCACUGACGAAAGACUGUUUGCUGGGCUCUCGCACAUGUGGUUUCUCAAUCUAGGAUGGAACUUACUUACAGUCUUGCCAGAGACAGUUUUUCAUGACCUAGUAGGUUUGCGAGAGCUGAACCUUGCAGGGAACAGACUUGCUUACUUGCAGCCGCAGCUAUUCCAAACUCUUGGUGAGCUGAAAGAACUGGAUCUGACAGGAAAUUACCUAAAGGUUAUUAAAGCUAAUGUGUUUGUUAAACUGACUAAACUGCAAAAGCUUUACCUGGCUCAGAAUCAGAUUGGGACUGUGGCGCCCAGGGCGUUUGCAGGCAUGAAGUCGCUCAGAUGGCUAGAUUUGAGAAACAACAAACUGACUUCUCUACAUGAAGACACAUUCUUAGGCCUGCACAGUCUUCAUGUAUUGCGCCUUUCCAACAACUCUAUCGCUGGCUUAAGGCCCAGGACUUUCCGUGACCUGCAGUACUUGGAAGAACUAAGACUCAGUUACAACAGGAUUCGAACUCUGGGGGAGAGGAUCUUCGAAGGACUUGGCCAUCUGGAGGUUCUAGAACUAGAUUAUAACCAAGUGCAAGAGGCACAGAUGGGAAGUUUCAGUGGUCUGUCUCAUGUGGCUGUCAUCAACCUAUCUGGAAGUUGCUUUCAAAGUUUGCCUGACCAAAUGUUCAAAGGUCUGUCAAAACUUCAUAGCCUACACCUGGACAGAGGUUGCCUUAUGAGGAUCACAGCUCUAGCUUUCAGUGGUCUCUCUGGCUUACGGAGGCUUUUCCUUCAACAGAACAACAUCACUGUGGUGGAAGAUAAUAGUUUUGUAGAUAUGGUGGGACUCCUAGGACUAGACUUAAGCUUCAAUAAACUGGAAGUUCUCACAGAUCACACUUUCUCUGGCCUUACUAAUCUGGAAUACCUUUUGUUGUCUAAUAAUAAGUGUCGUCAGUUUUUGCAGAAUGGAACAAAGCAGGUACUUCCACGACUGUGCUACCUGGACCUCCGGGCCAAUGCCUUGACAAGCAUAGCUACCAAUUUCUCAGAGAACAUGGAGAAACUCCUGUUGUCUGGAAACCAGUGGAAAUGUGACUGUAGCACACUCCCACUCAGAAACUACAGCUUGGAAAAACCACAAGUCAUCCCCCGGCAGGUAGAGACCCAUGCGGAGAGUGAAGAACCUGACAGUACAAUCACCAUAUAUAACAAUAUUACAUGCACCAGCCCACCACAUGCGGCUGGUCAGGACAUACGGGAUGUGGACAGUGAACACUUCAGAAGCUGCUGAGGAUACACAGACUUGUUGAUUGAUACAAAAUAGCUGACUUUGUGUUUCUGGCUUAGAUUACAUUUUUCAGUAGAUUCAAUUUAACAAUAUCACAUUUUUGAUAUACCUUUAUUUGAAGAAAAAGGAUAUUAUAAAAAAAAAACACUUCUAAGGCAUCCUAACAAUAUGUGUUUUAUAAAGUAAAUUCUCUGUCAGUUCAGUUUAUAUUAUUAUCUGAAGGAACUGUAAUGAUUUUAAGUUUUACUACUUAUGUGGAGAUAAAUUUGCUGAAGAUAUUUAAUAAAAUAUGUUAAAAUGUCA